CGUAUGGGUAACGUAUGUGUGCAUCUAAGCAUUAGUAAACAUGACUGAUAGGUUGGAAAGAGAUAAAAUCACACACGCAGAUCUUUUAAGUUGAUCGUAGUUACGACAGUUAGUUAAAGUUGGAAAACCACAGAUGCCCGGUGUUGCACUUUCAAAACCAUGAAGGAAAUGACUCAAAAGAUUUGUGCGUCUCUCACACCAAAAAGAUCAAAACAGACCAAACGACGCACAAACUUUCAUGAAGACGCACACUUUAUGGCUCACACAGAUCUGGCAAAAAGCCAAAGCGCACUGGAAAUGACAAACAGUACUUGUAACCUGACCGACUACAUGGUGCUGAAUGAUGCUGAGAAAGUGGCCAUUGCCACAAUUUGCCUCCUGAUAGCACCCUUUGCCCUUCUAGCCAACAUUCUAGUGCUGAUUGUCAUAGGUUGCUCCUCGCACCUGCGGCAACAUCCAUCAUACCUCUUUAUGGGCAGCUUGGCGUUGGCUGACACAGUCGCUUGCUGCGUUUUUACCACAAUCUUCCUGAACUUCCACCUUUUGAAUCCGGACAACUGCUCGGAUGAAUAUCUCUUGAAACUGGGCGGCGUGACCAUGGCAUUUACGAGCUCCGUGGGAAGCCUUCUUUUGAUGGCGGUGGACCGCUAUUACGUCCUUUUCAAAGCUUACAAAUACAACGUGCUGAAACGAAAAAGAGUCGUGGUGGGAACUGUGACAUUAUGGACUGUAGCUUUCUUCAUUGCUUUCCUUCCUCUGAUGGGCUGGAGAUGUGUGAACGGUCAAUCGUGUUCCAAACUCUUUCCUUAUGUCCAUCGUUACUAUCUGGGAUUCUGGGCCAUUCUGGUGCUGGUGGUCCUCGUGCUCAUUUUGGCGGCCUACGGCAUCAUAGUCUGGAAGGCCCACCGACACGAUACCAACAUGGACGCAGAGCAUCCAGGAAAAGCACGUAUGCGUCUGGAUAUCCGUUUGGCAAAGACUUUCAGCUUUAUUUUGUUGAUUCUGUUAGUGUGUUGGCUACCUAUCCUUAGUUUCAUGAUGGCAGAUGUCGUUUCAGAGCAAAUUUCCAAACUACAAGGAAAGGUGUUCGCUUUCUGCUGUCUGCUGUGUUUGGUGAACUCUGGUAUAAAUCCGUUACUUUACACCCUGCUCUGCCGUGAGCUACAGGCUGCACUUGCUUCAUUGUUGUCUGGUUUAAGGAGAUGGAAAGGUUGGUGCUGGAGCAAUACCUCACCUAUUACAUAACUGAUUUAUGUAUCAACCAAGCCACCAAUAAUAUUAAAAUAAAUCUCUUGUAUUCAGAUUCAUUUACAUUUUAUUUCUGAAAUUUGGAUCCCCUGAAAUGUCAGAAUGGUUUAAUACCACCCCUUAAUCUGCACUAUCCAACCACAGCACUGCCAUUUGAUAAAGAGAUCAGCCAUUGGCA